AUGCGCGUUGACUUCACCGUUCUUGUGGCAGCCGCAACAGUUCUGGCCUGCAACGAGAAGCUGUUAGGGGUACUCGGUUUCCCCCUAAUAGAUGAUGACGACCCGGAUCUGACCGGCGACUACCACGAAGCCGUCCCCGCCAAAAGGAGCCUGAAGGUUUCGGACAAAAACACUGAGGGGAGGAUGAUGCCGGCUGGAGGAGCAGGGGAUCUCAUCAAUUCGGUCGUGCGCCAUUUCUACCCGCCAAGUAGUGGGGGUAUUUCUCAGCGCGGUACGAGGUCAGCUGCAAAGCUCAAACGCAAAUUGCCCGCAGUACUGCAAAUGGACAAACGGGAAUUGGUAAAAAAUAUUGCCCUAAUCAAGGCGUGGUAUCAUGUGUCGGAGAUAUCCAUUGACAAACUGGCGAAGUUCGUUGGACUGUUUUCCGUCACUACCCGCACUCCUCAGAUUUUUACAGACCACGAAGUUCGAGGGAUUGUGCUGCUGCGUUUCUACAUCAAGUACGUCAACGAAUGGGAGCACACCCAACAUACGGUGCUUGAGACGCUGACGAACUACUACGGCGAGUCGGUGUUGUCAACUGUUUUGAUGGAAUCGAUUCGUCAUCUUCCGGUUGAAGAGUCCGCCCUUGUAAAAGACUUGCAACAAGAGAUGAUGGCAGGCUGGGUGCAUAGGAAGCUGCCCGCCGAGGAGUUGUUUGACAUGCUGAAGCUCAAAAAUAGAGGGGAGAAUGUCUUGUACAGCACGGAGCUAUUGACAUUGGAGCGAUACGUGGAAGCGCAGCUCCAUGGAAAACCUUUGCCGUCCCAGUACACGGAUCUAAAAGCUGUGCUGCCCCAGCACAGAUCAGUGGCGCUCGAGGAUGGAACUCAGCUACCCCUCCACCAGUUUGAGCAGCGCCGCGAUCGAGUUGUCGUCGGCAUCUUGUCAAAGGGCUUUGGAGACGGCGAGUUUGCAAUAAUGUUGGCCAAAGCGCUUGCCCGCUACUCCCUUGAUGAGAAGGCCAGAGCGUAUAUGGACGCUAUGUUAUGGCGCUGGAAAGAUGAAGGCAAAACAGACUUGGAGCACGUGUUCAACGCUGAGUUCUUUGAGAAGCAUUCACUGCACGAUCAAGACACUGCCAGGGCUAUUAUGGAUCGUUACCGCACUUACCAAACGAUGGAGUUGAUCGAUGAUCAAGCGGCUUAA